GGUGCUUUAUUCACCCAGUGCCAAGGAAACCCUAAACUGCCCAGGCUCAACUAGCAUUAGCCUUUUAUUUUUUCCUCUCUUUUCACUCACACCUAUCGGACGUGUACAAGCACAGGACGAGAAUGGCAGCAUCAUCUGCACAGCGAAAAGAAGUGCCCUGCAAAAUGUUGGCUUUGCUGGUCAUCACCUCACUUUUUCAUGCAGGAGUCACAACAGGGCAAGAUGAAGUUGUUGCAAAAACGCUGUCACAUUUAGGGGAACAGCCACGAGGAGAUGCAAUUCAAAAGACCACAAAAGCUCCAGAGUCAGAAGGUUCACAAGUACAAAUUUUGGUUUUACCUACACUAGAACUGACUUCACAACCUAUGACAGAGACAACAGUGGAGGCAGUAAUGGAGAAAACUGAAGUCCCCUCAUCUACUCACGUCACUAAAACUGAAGCACCAGAGACCCCACUUCCCGCCAGGGGUGAUGGUCCCCAGAACAUCCCAAAGGAUGAUGUUGUCUGUGUCAGCAAAGAGGCGGUCCAGGACAAAAAUGCUGUCAGUCUAAAACUCAAGUCCUCCUCCAACUGUAAAGACACAAAGGCGAAAAUUCAAAGCGUUCUGCAGGAGCUGUGCGGUGAGGACUGUAAACUAGAGAUCUACCAGGAGGACAACUCAGAUGAAACCAUUGUGUCUGGAAAGUAUGUUGAAGAUGAUGUUACAGGCAUGGCUCACAAGUUCAACAAUGUCAACAUCAAAGACAAGACUGAUGUGGAAGAAGCGGUUCCACGUUGGGGGAGGAAGUCAAAGUUGGUCCUGGUUUCCUUGCUGCUGGCCGGCCUGUUGCUGGCUGCACUGUUGACAGCUGGUUAUUACCUCAAGACCCAUCGUAAGAACUCCAAAGGAGUCCGACUGGCUGAGUCUUUCCAGGUGGAUGAGGAGAACCAAGCUAACACCCUGGUGUCUGUGGCACCACUGCCCCAGGAGCCCGUCGACAAGCCCACGGUCAAUGGAGAGUCUCCACCAGAAAAUGGGAACAACCCUGCCCCCACCACCAACGGACACUCCCAGACCCAGACCCCGGUGGCUGACACAGAGAUGUGAAUGGUGACACUCCAUCCACCCGUUCCUGUAGCCAUCACCCACUGGAACGUAAAACAUACAAGCCCCACUGCUGCCUCAGAGACUGUCCACACACAACUCAGUGAUAAUAAAUGCAUUCACUUACACUCUUAGGACACCGAUGUCAACUAAAAUGAAGCCUACAACUACAAUGACAUAAUGACGAUGCCUGCAAUGUGAAAAACUUGGGAUCACCGUCCUUACAACAUACACAUGCACUGUGUUUAGGACCAAGACUCAGAUAACUAACUCGGAUUUGUUAGUUGCUGUGAAUUUAUUCUAGCAGUAAGAUCAACAAAGUAAUGCCAAAUGAGAGCUGCUGAUCCCAGACACAUACACAAAAUGCUCUGCUAUUUCAAUUAACAACUGUAGUGCAAGGCAUCAAUUAAAGCCAGGCAGCUGAAAGAAGAUUCAUUUCUUUACAGUGUUAAACUAAACAGAUGUGUGACUAUUUUUACAAUAUCAUUCAGGAAAUGUUUUUAGGUUUUUUAAAGAUUGUUAGAAGCUUUUAAGUGUAAGACCGUGGAAAAGAAGUAAAUUCAAUAGAUCCAUCAUGUUUGGAUUUACUAAAAUGUGCUAUUUUUAUAAAGACUAUGUUUUGUUAUAUUAAACUUUAAAAUGUCGGCAAACAGUUUUUAUUAUUACUCUUAAUAAGUCUCAUAGAAGCAAAAGACCAGCUUAAAUACAGUAAUAUUAGUUACACACAGUGUAAUUAAAUGGAUUGCACCAAACAUGACCUUUAGGCCUAAUGAAGAACUGAAUGAUGCUUAAAUGCUUUUCAUGAUAUGGGAAUUCCAGAAAUGUGUGAAAACAAUUUGCCUCAAUAUUUUAGAACUACUGACCUUGUGUAAUUAUCUGCAGCAGUAUAAAGCAUCUGUUUUUCUUACUGCUGGUAAUGUCCAAGAUGAGCUAACAUUAUGUUUUCCAUCUCUUACCACCAACUAUGGGAAUGCUGCACUGCAGUAUCCUUUUCAAUUCAGAGAGGAAUGGGAAAUGCCCAUCCCUCAUGUUUUUAAAUUCCUAUACUGGUAAGCAAAACUACUUCUGGGAUGUCUAGCUUCCAACCCAGCAUUCAACAGCUUCAGCCUUCUCAAGACUGACUUCCUUAGAGGUCAGAGAAAACGUUUUUUUUGUUUGUUUUGUUUUUAGAAAUACACAAUUGUGCUUCUCUUUGUAACAACUAGCUGCUUUCAUAUUCCACUGCAUGUGUAAAUAAGCCUGCUUUCUCUGUUAGUAGUAACCGUGUCUAACUCAUAAACUGUGAUUGCUGACAAUC